ACUUGGCGACCUUUGUUUGUUUCCUCGUUGUUCGCUGAAAGUUGUGUUUGCUUCGUGGUCCGUGGCUGGACGACCUAAACUGAGACUCUACUUGGGGGUUGGUGCUCCCGCAAGAUGCUCCCCUGACACCGAAACGCUUGGAAGGCACUAUCGUACGCAACAAUGGAUCAAGGGCGCUGUGCCUCGCUGAGUGGAAUGGAUGGACGCUUUCAUCUCCCCAUCAUGCCAACCAACGUCAACUCAUUGAAUGCGCUGCCACCAACACCCCGGAUCGCGUCACCACAGCCUUCAACGAGGGGUUCCAUAGCGAGUGUCGACCGCCUCUCGCUCCGUCUGCGGAGCAAUUCGGGUCUUGCCCACCACACCAACGAGGCUGCCUUCAAGCAGUAUGUAGAUUACGGCGCGAGCAAGUCUUCCAGGCCGAAGUCGUUCAACCCCUCGGGGCGCACCUCGACUCUGAGCGAACGACUCCCAAGCACCUAUGACGAGCUGCCGGAGCUUUCACCACGGAGUGUGGCAUUCACGACACAUACCUACGAUGUCUUCCCACCGUUUGUGGAUAUCCUUUCAAAGGACAUAUUCUCCAUGAUGCUAGAGAACUCGAGCACGAGUCAGCACUUUCUCAACUACUGCGAGGAUCAAGGAUGCGAAGAGAACAUCGAGUUCCUCAUGCGUGUCAAGGAUUUCACACAGACGACGGACGAGGUUGCGUCGGUCCUGACUGCAAUAUCGACGUCGUUCACAGCGAUGGGUGCGGCGAAGCCCAUCAACUUGCCGCCGCUGGUCAACCGCGCACUCAACACCGACCUCAAGCGGAUUGCCCGCUCCGUCCUGCCCAGCGUGGAGGGCGUCUUCCACGAGGCCAGGACCUAUAUCGAGACGCGCACCGCCAAGGACAUCUUUCCCGGCUUCGUCAAGUCGCAGUUUGCAUACUGUACGGCCAACGCCCUUGCCACUUCCAGCCACUCUCUCGCGUCAGUCAAGCUCGAAUAUCCUGGCCUGGGCGAGAGCUUCUGCCUUGUGGAUGCGACAGAUCCGACAAAAUCGAUUGUGGCUGCGUCCGAGGUCUUUGCACGGCUGACUGGCUACGGCGUCAGUGAAAUGGUAUCCAAGAGCUGUGGCUUUCUCCAGGGCCCCGCGACGGAUCAGCUUGUGGUCGCAAAGAUCCAGGCGGCGCUGGAGGGCGAGGAGGAAACUGUCGAGCUCCUGCUCAACUACCGCAAGGAUGGCGAGCCCUUUUGGAACCUUCUAUUCCUGAUGCCGCUUCGGGACAACCUCGGUCGGCUACGGUACUGGCUGGGUGCUCAGAUCAACGUCUCCGAGUCAGUCAAUUCCCGCAAGGACGUCUUGCGCGUGCUCAACUGGGGCAAGAACCCAUCAGCCGACUCUGGAGUGUCGUUUGGGAGCCCCGGCAGCCAGCAGACGGCCGUGGAGAACAGCCACCACAAGGGCAGCGGCUGCAAGGGUGAGACCGAGUCGAUGCUGCGUGGCCGCGGUGCGGAUAAGCGCAAGUCGCGGACCCGGUUCAUGUCGCCCUUCCGCAAGAACUCCACCGCGUCGACACCGCUGACGAGCAACCACGACCCGUACGAGUUCAUCCCGAGCCACGGGCACCGGCAGCCGCGCAACGGGCGGUUCUCGAGCUCGCGAUACCAGUCGAGUGGCGGCAUCUCCAUCUUUCCGACGGCGUACUCGUACUAUAUGGUGCUAAGCUGUGCGACGGCGGGCCAGCUUCGGAGCAACCUGGCAGUGCCGCGGAUGCCGACGCCGAGCGGCAGCGGGCGGAAGAAGCAGAGCCUCAAGCUGCCCAUUAUCUUCUAUUCGGAGGCGGCGGUAGACCUGCUGGGGCUACGAUCGGACGUCUCCCAGAGCGGCAUUUUUGACGUGCUGACGGAGCACGCAGGGUCGCCGUCUAUCACCAAGUCGUUCAAGGCGACAAUCAGGGAGCGGAUCCAGUUUGGCAAGUCGACGAGCACAGAGAUCCUGGUUGACAAGCCCAAGGUGUCGAGCGGGCGGCGGAGCACGGUGGGCGGGCGGCCGGUGACGUCGGACCGGGAGAGCAGCCGGGGGAUGGCGGCGGCGGCGACGACGGAGGCGCUGGACCGGCUAGAGCGCCGGCUGGCCAAGUCGGCCAAGCUUGACCGGGUCAUGACGCACUGGUCGCCACUGCACGACGGAAGCGGCGCGGCGCAGUGGGUAGUGCUGGUGCUGACGCCGCUGUCUUGAGAACAGAGACGUGAAGGUCGCAUGAUGGUGCUGCUGCUACUACGUCGAUGACGGCAGCCCAUGGCGAGGAUGGCCACCAGACCGAUGAGUUGCCCAGCACUGAUACCCUGAUGAGUCUUUUUGGCGCAGAAGCCGACCAUCUCGACUCGGAACCGCCAUCGGUUCUACGUUGUAUAAACUUUUCGAGCACACGGCCGCAACUAUCGCCGCCGGGUGUUGCUCUUGUCAGAUCCUGUCCACUCUGAUUUAUAAUUUCUUGAUAUUUGUUGGACACACGCCUCUUGCACGUGUCAGCUGCGUUGUCUUAGCCAGAUGGCCAGAUGAGGAGGUCUGGGGCUGCACGAUGCAUUAGGUAGUCGGAGAGGCCGGGCGAGCUGCUUUUGUGUAGCGCCCAGGGAGGGACUAGAAUAAUGAUGGGUGAAUGACUUAUGACCAAAUUCCAAUAAUUCUCUUUGUUGCGC